GCCGUCAGCGGGACGGGAGAAGGCACAAGGAGGGGAGGGCAACGAAAAAAAACCCGACCGACUAUUAACUUCUGGCUCCUGAGCGGCUGCAUGUUGGACAGGAAAUUUGACGUAGUCAGCUUUACGGAAAAAAGGGCAUUUGUUGCAUUCAGUGGUCACGGAUCUGAGCGGCGCGGAUGACAAAGAAGCGAGACGCCGUGCAAACUUUCUCGACCGGGUUUAAUCGCUCCUAAAACCCGACAGGGGGUUGUGUUUUUCUUUUAAACCGAGGCGUAAAGAAGAGGACAUCAUCAUGCCACGGCGUACCGUGCAAGAAGUAACAGUGCAAGAUGUCCAGAAGAGGAGAAAUCCAAACAAACACUACGUUUACAUCAUCAAAGUGUCCUGGAGUGAUGGAAGUACAGAAAUCAUUUACAGACGCUACAGCAAGUUUUUUGACCUCCAGAUGGAAUUGCUGGACAAAUUCCCAGUUGAAGGAGGCCAGAAGGACCCUAAGCGCAGGAUCAUUCCAUUCCUACCAGGGAAGAUCCUGUUUAGGAGGAGCCAUAUCAGGGAUGUGGCCAUGAAAAGGCUAAGGCCAAUCAAUGAAUACUGCAGGGCCCUCAUUCAGUUGCCAGUCUACAUCUCCCAGUGUGAGGAGGUCAGAGUGUUUUUUGAGACCAGACCAGAAGACCUCAACCCACCCAAGGAGGAGCCCAUCGGAAAGAAGAAAUCAGGGAUUGUGGAGAGAGCGACUACUUUCCUAAAGCGAGGAGAUGCCACAUCAGCGGACCCUCUCCUCCUAGACCAGUACGUGGCAGUAACAGAUUAUGAGAAGCAGGAGAGCUCUGAGGUCAGCCUACAUGUGGGUCAGGUGGUGGAGGUCAUAGAGAAAAACGAGUCUGGAUGGUGGUUUGUUAGCUCAGAGGAUGCCCAGGGCUGGGUCCCUGCCACCUGCCUUGAAGCACAGGAUGACCCUGAUGACUUCUCUUUUCCAGGGGAAGAAGUGCCUCGGAGAUUCUGGUCACUGCCAAGGCACGUGGGUCGUCGCAGAACUUUAGGGGAUCUAUUCAGCACAGGCUUUGGGCAAGAGGAGAAAUAUUCAGUGAUUUACCCGUACUCGGCCAGGGACCAGGAUGAGAUCGACCUGGAGAGAGGCAUGAUUGUUGAGGUGAUUCAGAAGAACCUUGAGGGCUGGUGGAAAAUCAGGUACCAGGGCCGUGAGGGCUGGGCCCCAGCCUCCUACCUGAAAAAGAAUGACAUCCAGGGACAGAGGCAGUCUGCAGGCGCUGCUGCUCAUGCCAGCACCAAUGACCUAGACGGGUUUUCUAAGCAGAACCAGCAAAACAAUGCAGCCAAAGAGAACCGGGACAACAGCCAAAAAGAAAACCGACUCUCCUUUUUCUCUGACAACAAAAAAGUGGGAGCAAGACACAGACCUCCUCCACGCAGAGAUCUUACCAUUCCGCGUGGUUCAAACCUUCCCAAGCCGCCCAUACCUCCUCAGGUUGAGGAAGAGUUCUACACCAUAGCGGACUUCCAGACCACCAUCCCUGAUGGCAUUAGCUUCCAAGCUGGAGUCAAAGUUGAGGUGAUCGAAAAGAAUAGUGGUGGCUGGUGGUACAUCCAGAUAGAUGACAAAGAGGGCUGGGCCCCUGCUACCUUUAUUGACAAAUACAAGAAGACCAGUAAUGCUCUGCGACCUAAUUUUCUUGCACCUCUUCCCAAUGAGAUGGAGAAGCUGCGACUGGAAGAUGGUGGUUCUUCAAAUGUUUCAGGCUCAGAUGACAGCUGGUCAAAGCCUUUACCUGAUGAGCCAACUACAGGGCCUGAAUCCUGUGCCCGGCCAAAGCUGAGAGAUUGGAAGUCUGGUGCCAGCAAGGGGGGCUCUGCCCUUUCUGGGCCAUUACCUCCAGCACCAGUCGCCCCUCCAGCUGAGGAGAAACCAGCUCUGCCACCUCGAAGAGAGUCCAUUAAUAAGAGCUUUGAAUUAGACGUGUCAGAGAAAGUGAGAUCUGAUCAUUCCAAACCUAUGCCUCCCAAACCCCCAACUCCUGGGGUCAUAAUGCCGCUCGUUACACCCAAAGCAGCCCCCUUCAAACAGGACAAACCACAAGAGACCAAGAAAGAAGAUAAGAGCAAAGCUCUUCACCUUCGCAAUGAGAUGGGUCUUGAAUGUGGCCACAAGAUCUCUGCCAAAGAGGUGAAGAAGUUUAAUCUGAAACCUGUACCUAAACAGCCACCAAAACCAAAAUCAGAAGCACAGGAGGAGAAACCAGAGGUAGCUGGCACAGCUGUGUUUAUGAAACCGAAGCCUAUGAUCCGACCUAAACCUGUUCCAGCUGCGAAGCCAGAUCCUCCAGCAGAGAACAAGCUAGACAUCACCAACCUGAGAAGCAAACUGAGGCCAUCAAAACCUGCAGAUCCUAGCUCUACUUCAGCUGAGGUGAACCAUCAAAAUGACACCGCAGUAAAUAGUUCUCAUCCCAGUGCUCCCACGAGCUCUCCCCCCAUCCAUAUCCCUACUCUCAACAAUGGUAAGCAUUGCGAUGAGCCAAAACUCCCACCAAAACACAUGAAUGGUCACAGCCAGGAGAGCUCAUCACCCCCUGCCAAACCAGCAGUGCCUCCCCACAAAGAACCACCACAGAGACCCCCCACCCUGGCCCCAAGGAGACCUCCUCCUCCAAAGAAGACAGAUCCAUCCAGCCCGACCGAGCUCAAACCUCCAGCUCCUCUUAGAGAAAUCCAGGAUGUUCCCAAGAGCCUACCAUCCCAACUCAGCAGACCCCCUCCCCCUAAACCCAAAGUGUUUGCUCAGGCACCUCCAAGCAAAGAGAAAGAAGAGCCCAAAGUGAAUAAAGUCCCAAUUCCUCCCAAGCCCCAGCUGAAGAGCGAGAAGCCUGGCCCACCCAAGGACAAGCUUCCACCUUUACUCAUGGAUCAUAGUAAGGAUGAGCUGUAUUUAGCUGUGGCGGACUUUGAAGGUGAUGACCAAACUUCCAGCUUCAAGGUGGGUACAGUGUUUGAGGUGCUGGAGAAAAACAGCAGUGGCUGGUGGUUCUGUAAAAACGUAGGACAAGAAGUUGAGAGCUGGAUUCCCUCGAAUUACCUGAGCAAAAAACCUUAGUGUUGCCAUACGAAUACAUAAACAAAUGAUUUCAGUGAAUGAAAUAUCACUAAUUAGCAUUUUUAAUUUAUAGGUACCUUUUUUUUUUUUUAGUGCCACAUUUUUAGUAUGUUGUGUUUUAAUAAGAAUAUUCUAUCUAAACUAAACCAGCAAUAACACAUGACCUUGUUGGGUCUUGUAAUGUUUACUUUUUCUUGUUUUUAUCUAAAUUUUACAUCUUAAAAAAAAAUGCUUAUGUUGCCAUAUGCUAGUCGCAGCCUGUUUCAGUCUUGCCAUAAAAAAGACUAUAACAGCGGAAAAUGUAUUUCCACCCAUGCCUUCUAUAAUACGGUGCCUCUAGAUUAUAUGCAAAGUGCUUCAGUGCUUAAUAUACUGUAGGCCUAUUCCUUGUUGAAAUUUAAAAGAAAAAAACAAAACAAAACAAAACUCUAGACACUACAUGUUCAAAUCCAGCAGAAGACAAAAAAUCCUAAAUCCCUUAGACAAAGGCUUUACUUGAACUCACCGGAGGAGUUCAAUGAUAUCUGUGCUAUCAAGUGCUAUUAGCGGUUACUAAAAGAGAUGUCUUUGCCAAGUAGAAGUGCUGUUUGUUAUACAAGAACCAUGCAUAUUUGUUUUUGCGCUAUGGCAAUGCUUUUCUUCAUGGACUGCUUAAUUAAUGUUGCAGUGACUUGUAACCCAUGUGCACUUUCAGUCAUUUAGAGGUUUGCACAUGCUGAAGGAUGAGGAAGUUUACCAGAAUGCAUUUAUUUCUUAGUUUUACAUUUUAUUGUUUUUACAUUUACAUGUUUUUUUAUACUCACUUUAAAAAAAUAUCCACCAAUGUAAAAAAAAAAAAAAGAAAAAAAGACUGACAUGUUGAAAAGAAUCUCUCUGUCAAAGUAUUAUAACGUAAUCAUGUUAUCUCACAUCUGAAAAUAAGAACGAGACUUGCAGAGCAUAUCUGCAUGUCUGCACCAGAUGUGUGACCGAUAAAACAAGAAAAUGGUGAUCUACAUGAUUUGUGCAAUGAUUUACAGUAUUGUAAGUGUACAGUCUGUUCUUGACCGAAGUUUGGUGCUCGAAUAACAGCAAAGUAUAAAAAUAAUGUUUUACAUUAAUGCUUGACUGGUCUCAAGCAUGGUUAGUAUAGAAAAUAUAUUUUAUUGUACAGAAUUGAGAGGCAUAUCUUAACUGUUGUCACUUUGUCUUUGAUGGUGCAUCCAUAAGAUUCUCUAUUCUGUACUGAUGAAGGGAUAAGAGGAAAAAAGAGCCAAGAAGGAGUUGUUGGUAUGUUCAUGAAAAGUGCUAAUCAGAUCAAACACAGAGGGUUCUGUCAGUUUUGUUUCUUUUUCUGUCAAGAGAUACAAAGAAAUCACUUGACAAAAGUAUUAGAAACAGCUGAUUGACCAAGUAGUCCAGAAAUUGUCUACAAUUAAUUUUUUUUAAGUUAAGUGUUAGGUUUACUAAAUACAGUAAAUAAAAGUACUGUACAUUUAUGGUUCUCCAAACAAUCAGACAAGGCUUCAAGCGGUAACAUUGCUUCUAGUCGCUAUAUUGUUAUUCCACCCAUAGUUUAUAAAGCAAAAACAGUAUGUUACCAACUAGAAAGAAGAUAUUGCUUUGUUGUUUUUUUUUAUGAGGACAAACAGCAGCAACAUACAGUACAAUGUAAGGCAAAUUUAUGGGUUGAUUUAUGGGUUCAUCAUUUCAGUAUUGUAUUCUUAUUCACUUUUUUCUAUGUACUUUUCAUUACAUUGAGUCUCUUUUUACUUAAGUCAAUAAAAGUUUCUGAUUUCUCA